AUGCCGCUGAGCCAAAGCCAAACGAGAGACAGUGCAAAUGCGACGGGAGAAACAUUGGUGGGCGUACCGGGACAACAACUGCUGAGGAUAACGCAGUUCGACCCUGACAGUGAUGAAUGGCCAUACUGGAAGAAACGCCUGAAGAACCAUUUGUUUCUAACGAAAGUACCGGACGCAAUGCAGUCUUCAUUUCUGCUGGAUUCGUCGUUCACACUUCUUUGCAAAAUGUGCAAGCCGAAAGAACCGAUGCAAAUGCCAAUUAAGGAACUCUAUGAAAUGCUGGACGCGGCAUACCAGGAGUCGACCUUUUGGAUAGCGCAGCGAAUCAAGUUCUUCAGUGCGAAGCAGAAGACAGAGGAAACGCUGGUACAGUUUGCCAGCGAACUCAGGAGUAAGGUGGAACACUGCGACUUCCCAGAAGACGAACAAGAGAAAAGCCUAAUUGCUGUGUUUGUAAUGGGAAUGAAGGAUGCAGUGACGAGAAAGGUCAUGAGUCUAAAAGACUUUAAGACACUGAAUGAAGCUUUAAAGGAAGCUAAAGAGAACGAAACGAAGAGAAAGGAAUUAGGAAUUGGAAUUGAAAGUGAAUCGGAUCAUGAAGUGAAGAAAGUCCGAAAAUGGAAAGGAAAGAAAGGAGUGAAAGGAAAGAGAGAUCAGAGUCACGAUAAAGAUGAAUGUUUCCGCUGUGGUAAGUCAAACCACACGUCUAAUGAAUGCUUCUUCAAGGAGAAGGAAUGCUUCAAUUGUGGUCAAAGAGGACAUACAGCCCGAAUGUGUUCAAACAUUGGAAACAAGUACGUCACGGUAGAAAGGGAUCCGUACGACGUGUUGUAA